AUGUCUUCGUUGUACACUACUCCGGUCCUGGGUCUCAGCAAGGGUCUUCUUGUGCUGGACACAUCUGCAAACGCCACGGGUGCACCGCGAAACAGACAACGUGUACUCGUCGUCGGUGGCGGCGUGACUGGUUUAACGACUGCCUGGAUCCUACUCGACGCAGGAUAUGAUGUCACUGUGGUGUCAGAGCAGUGGGCCCCAGCGACGCCUCGUAUCACGUCUCAGAUCGCCGGAGCGUUGUGGGAGUAUCCUCCAGCCGUCUGCGGCCAGCACACAGAUGCGAAGUCCUUGGCUCUGUCCAAAGGAUGGUCACUGACAUCCUACCGAAUUUUCGACCAGCUAAGCAAAUCCCUGCCCGCCAUCAAAAUGCGCACAGCCAAUUUCUUCUUCGGAAAAGCAAUCGAAGACCUCCCAGAUCAGUUAAGCAAGAUGCGCGAAAUCGAAGCGUCGUGUAUCAAGGGCUUCGUCCGGGACCCGGAUUUGAUUGCGAAACAUGCAGUCAACCAGAAUGCCGGCGUUGUCGACGCAUACUCCCAUCUGGCUCCUGUCUGGCUUCAUGAUCUGGUCGAGGCGAAAGGCGCGGAGCUGAUCACUCGCCGCAUCGACGGUGAUCUCUUGGACUCCGAGGCCAAGCUUCUGGAGACCUAUGGUGCCGUUGCAAUUGUCAACGCUACUGGUCUAAAUUCAUUCGAAUCUGCGGGAGACAAGUCAUGCUACCCUCUACGUGGUGGUCUAAUCCGGUUAGUGAAUGACGGGAAACAGUUCCCGAAGGUUACAGAAGCUCUAGCCGUCACACACGACAACGAACUGAGCUCGGAGCAUGAAGAUAUCGUGUUCAUAGUUCCCCGAAACGACAACAUUCUUAUCCUCGGUGGUAUCGCUCAGCCGCACAGGUGGGAGCUUAACCUCACGAUGGAGUCACCUGAGAUCCAACGUAUGCGUGAGCGGUGCAACAAAUUUGUUCCGGGACUGGAGAAUGCAGAAUUUGAUCCUGUAGCGCCUGUUGUUCAAGGACUGCGACCGACGCGUGUAGGAAAUGUACGUGUGGAGCGGGAGCUGCGACCGAAUAGGAUGCGUGGGGGAUCGAGCAGCAUCGUUCAUUCGUAUGGGCAAGGAGGAUCUGGUUUCUCGUUCUCUGUCGGGUGUGCGGUGGAUGUUUUGCACCUGAUUGACCAAGUGGUGCUCGAGAGGCGGGUUGAAAACUUCAAUGUGGAAAUGUAUCGGGCUAACUUGUAGAUUAAUAUAUUGUUUCCGUUUCAUGAUUCUCGUGUACCAGUAUUUUGUAUUUCCAGAAUCUCAUUUUCUGCCGGCGCCAAGCUUCCGAUCUGCUUGAGGUAGCUGGUAAUAGCAUGAUCUUCC